AUGACAAGGAAUCAAUUCAAAGAGGUUUUUUAUGAAAAGUAUUUCUGUCAAUUCUUUAGAGAUUUUAAGAUCUCCGAAUUUGAACAGUUGAAACAAGGCAACAUGUCAGUAGUAGAGUAUGAAGCCAAAUUUACUGAAUUACCUCGGUUUGCUCCGCAUAUGGUAGACACGGACUACAAAAAGGCCAGAAAAUUCGAAGGAGGCCUUAAUUUGGAUGUGUUUGAUGGAGUUGGUGUCUUAAAACUAACCAAGUAUAUGGAUGUCUUGGAUAGAGCUCUUAUGACUAAGGCCAAUUUAGCAGCCAUGAAACAAAGUAAAGCUCUAACAAAUAAAUGGAGAGGUAAAAGAUCUGGGUUUAAUUUCAGAAAUAGAUGGUCAUUUUCAAAGAAGAAAAAUACAGGAUCAUCGAGUAGUUCAAGUCAAAGUAGUAGAACUGCACCUACUUGCUUUGAAUAUGGAAGGAAACACAAGGGCGUUUACUAUUGGUCAACAGGUGCUUGCUUUCGAUGUGGCAAGACUGGCCACAUGAUAAAAGACAGUCCGCUCCUGUCCCAAAAUCCCAACCAUCCCGAGGCAAGUUUGGCAAGGUCUGCCACCAAGAACGAAUAUUAUGCAUCUACUCACUCAUUUGUGUCGCCUGCUUUCUCCCGGAAAUUGACUAGACCUCUAGAGCCUAUGGAUUAUCUGUUGUCUGUAUCUACACAAUCUGGGGAUCAUUUGGAUUGCAUAUUGGGUAUGGAUUGGUUGACAAAGUACCAUGCGGCCAUUGAUUGUGUUUCUAAGUCUGUGAUAUUUCAACCACUGGGGUUACCUAAAUUUGUAUUUGCCGGGAAUUGUGUAGUUCCUCCCCCAUAUUUGAUCUCUGCUAUGAAAGCAAACAAACUGCUUAAGAAAGGAUAUAGGAGUUAUUUGUGUUGUGUUUUGACUGUACCAACUGAUAAUGUUAAUGUGGAACCUAUCCCUAUAGUUAAAGAAUUUCUUGACGUGUUUCCUAUGGAAUUGCCUGGAGAUUUGACAGAUAGGGAAAUUGAAUUUACUAUUAAAGUAGUACUUUGA